AUGAUUGAGAGGGGUAUUAUGGAAAAAAUAAAAAAUUUAUUAACAGAGGAUGAAGUAGAAGCAGAAGCAAAUUCUGGAAGGGGCAUUUUAUCAAUAUUUAGAAUUGCUAAGGUAGAAAGAAGAAUGUUUUGGCUUAUGACGCUUAUGUUUUCGCUUAUUUCCUUUAUUUACUCAGUAGGACGAGUGUUAAAAGAUGCAGCAGUUCUUAGUAGACAGAUGCCACUAUCCAUUAAUUGUCUUAAAAGCUUUGUAAUUUUACCAGUUACUCUUGUUUGUGUAGGAUUAAUUCAGAAGUCUACACUCUCUUAUUCUUUUACAAAAAUAUUUGAUGGUGCAUUGUUAAUAUUUGCUUUUCUUUAUAUCAUUCUUGGUCUAGUUCUUCUUCCAUAUUCUCAUCUUUUCCAGCUUGAUAGUUAUUUUUUUAGAGACCUUUUUAGUGAUGGGAAAUGUGUUGUAAGAGGCUAUGAUGCUUUAUUAUCUUUGGCACUGGUCUUUAACGAAUGGACAUCCUCUCUAGUUUACAUUGUUUCAGAAAUGUUUGGUAAUUUAGUAUUGUCUUAUUUCUUCUUGACGUUUGCUAAUUCUUUAACAACUCCAGGACAAAGUGCAAGAUUCAUACCUUUAUUUUAUGUUUUCUCGAAUAUUUCUCUUUUCUUAUCUUCUCAAGUGACAGAACUUUUUACAAGAUAUAGAUCAAAGCUCACUUUCUCAGAGGCGGAAUUUUUAUAUAAUGGCUUUUUUGUAUUUUCUGGAGUUCUAGUAAUAGUUAUAUUUUUAAUUAAAAAAUAUUUGGAGAGGAAUGUGACUAACAAACCUUUGUUUGUUGUAAAAUCUGUUAAAAAGAAGGGACCAAAAGUUAAAGUAGGAUUUGCGGAGGGCCUUAAAGAAAUGAUGGCAUCAAAGUUAUUACUUAACAUUUCAUUAACUGUUAUGUUCUAUGGUAUAUCAACUAAUUUAAUAGAAUCAACAUUUAAAAGUGGACUUGUGAAAGGUGCAGAAGAAUUAAACGAGAAUACUAAAAGUUAUUCUAUGGGAUAUAAUUCAUUUGAACAAAAGAUAGCAUCAAUAACUGUUAUUAUCCUGCUUUUAUCACCAUUUCCAAAAUUAAUACAAACCAAAGGAUGGAUAUUUGUUGCCAUAGCGUGCCCACUUAUUACCCUUUUUGCUGUAGUUUCUGUGUGUGGUCUUGCUUUUUACAAUUAUCCGGCAACAAAUAAUGACACAAAUUUUUUUCUAAAUUCAUUAUGUGCUACGCCCGGUAAAUCGUUUAUAAAAUUAGAAAAUGUUUUAGGAUGUGUAGCUGUAGCUCUUAUGAAAGUAGCAAAAUAUGGCUCUUUUGAUAUUUCCAAAGAAGCCAUUUCAAUGCAGAUUGAUUCGUCAUUGCGUGCACGUUAUAAAGGAAUUUUUGACGGUGUUUUUGGUAAGUUAGGAAAAUCUCUUGGAUCGUUAUUUGUGUGGAUUAUGGGAUAUGCAUUUCAAACAAGAGAUUUUAGAAAAUUAGCUCCCUUAUGUAUCAGCGUAAUUGUCUUUUUUGUUAUUAUUUGGAUUUAUUCAGUUAUUUAUUUAAAUAAGAAAUACAAAGAAUCAGUUGUUAGUAAUUUACCCAUCGAUGUUGAUUUGUUUGCAUCAAAGUUGUUAGAUAAUAAAAAAGAAGAGGAAAUUGAUGUGUCAGUGCUCGUUAAUUAA